AAAAUACAUAGCGAGUCAGAUUAAAUAACUGGCUGUAAGACACACGUGAUAAAACACAUCAAUGUUACACAGUCAUGCUUGUUUCUUUAAUGUGUGGUGUAGCUGGGGUAGAGCAAUGUGGGGAAAAGGUUAUCCCUACUGAUCAAUCAAAUAAAACAAAGACACAUAAAAUAUAUAAUAAUAAUAAUAAUAAUAAUAAUAAUUAGUUCUAUCAAAGUUUUCCAUUUAUUUUUGAUGACUUAAUCACAGGGGUGAAAAGGCAAUUUAAAGAAUGCAUGCUGACUAAUAACACUGAUGCCGUUAUGCAACUGGCUAAAGUAGCUUUGUAACUUAAACUGGAACUCAAUUUUUUAUUUUUUUUUUUAUUUUAUGAAAAAAUAUAUAAAACCCAUAUUCCACUGAUUAACACCACCCUUGAUUGACUAGUAGGUCGACAAUCUUCUAGAGGACUAGCUAGAGUUUUGAUGCCACCUGGAAGCUUGUCUUUCUGAUUUUUUGUUACUGUUAUCUUAAAAUCUACCAGUAAUGCAACCUUUCUUAAAUUAUCGGCAGGUGCAGUUCAUUUGAUUAAUUAUUUACAAAGCCUAUACUAAAUUAGAUUUUUUUUAAUUAGCUGAAAGCACAAAUAGUAAUAACAAUGACAGUAAUAAUAAUGAUAUAUUGAUAACAUUAUUAAAAAUGUUAAGAAUUACUAUCAAUAAUAAUAAUAAUAAGACGAAGGAGGGGAAGAAUAUAAAACGGAUCCCAAACGAGAUCCGGAUCUUAUCGUUCAAGUAAAGGGUUAAGCUCUUUUAACCUACUCGUUCUCGAGCGACACAUCACUACUUUUUCCAAAAAAAAAAAAAAAAAAAAAAGACUGCCAUCUUCAGACGAGAAAACGUACUUUUGAUGCUUUUUCAUUAUUCACUCAGUUCUUCAAAUACAAUAUUCUAACGAGAAUAAAACAUCUUAACCUGCAAACAUCCGUUUAAGAGGAAAUUUAAAAAUUUUCGUAAGGUUUUCGUGGCCGGAAAGUGUGAUUCAUGAUUCUGUCUUUCUAGCUUAAUGCAAAGAACAUGUUGGUUUAUGGCAUUUACCCGGAAAAAUAAAAUAGUCUCUAUUUUUUCGUCAUUGCUGUUACAGUUCCAGUAAUUCUUUAACAUUACUAAAUAAUAUUAAAACAGCGUAAACUAUGCCUUUAAGAGAUAGUUUAUGGAUGUACCACGUGAUCCGGCUGUCAAAUAUGGCCCCCUCCUACUGGGUGUGAGAGAAGAGACAACUGACAAAGGAAAGAAAAUCAGUCAAAGAGGACGUCACCUAUUCAAUUCAAAAGGCUAUUCCGUCCUUUUAACACUGCACUGAUGUGAUAUCCUGAGACAGUGAAAAUGCCUGCCAAAUGAUGAAGUGUGCCAAAGAGAGGAACUGACAGAAGACGGCCUUCAUUGUUGCAGACCAUCUGUUCAGAUCACCCCUCCUCCCUGCCUGCCUCCAUCCACCCUGCAGCCAUGCAGAUCAAUCCAGUCUAUGUGGAGUCCUCUGUAGUCUUGGCUGUGGUGCUGUGUGUCCACAUGGCAGUCUGGAACCAGCACUCCUGGUGCAGCAUAGCCCUCUUCAUCCAGGCUUUCUACGUCCAACACAAAUGGGACCGUCUGCUCAGGUCAGGAGGUGCCGUUUUCCAGUUCCGACCUUCGGCGAGCAGCGGCAUCGUCCCUGCCUCCAUGGUGAUGCCUUUACUGGGCCUGGCGCUGAGAGAAAAGUGCUCUGCCUCAGGGAAUGUCUACUUUGAGCGCUUCUCCAUGGUGAUCACCAUCACAGGCAUGAUGCUGGCUCUGUUUCUCUCCCUGAUCGCUCUGGGCAUCACUAGACCUGUCCCCACAAACACUUGCAUUAUCGCAGGCAUGGCUGGCAGCGCAAUUCUCUACACAACUAAACAGACGCUGACUGUAUCUGAGGUCAUCGAGGUCCUAGAGGUGCUGCUGAUCUUCGUUUAUCUCAGCUUGAUUGUGCUUUAUUUGCUGCCGCGCUGCUUCACACCUGGAGAGGCGCUCCUGAUUGUCGGUGGGAUCAGCUUCAUUGUCAACCAGCUCAUCAAACGUUCCCUGAACUUAGCAGAAGUCAAAGGCGACCCUGUGAACUAUUUCCUGCCAGUGGUAGUGUUGGGCUCGUUGUUGCUGGGUAUUUUCUUCGCCCUGCUCUUCUGCUUCAUGGAGUCUGAAACCUGGGUGUCGUCGCUGUUCUUCCACAUGAUGACAGCCGUUCUGGCUCUGGGGAUCCUCAUGCCAUGGCUUUCCCUGUUCAUUGGGCGGCACCCUCUCAUGUGGUUGCUAGACUUUGCCACGUUAAAUGACAGAAGACUGUGUUUGCUGGGGUACUGGGUGUUUCUAGCUGUCGUGGCAACUUGCGUAGUGUUACACCAGAACCACCAGCGGCAGUCCGGGUCCAAAAAGCAUCAGGCAUCUACAGUUGUCAGGAAGUACUUCCACCUCAUAGUGGUAGCUACAUAUGUUCCAGGGCUGAUAUACGACAGGCAGCUUCUCCAUGUGGCGUCCGUAGGCUGCUUGGCGGUUUUCUUAUUCCUGGAGUAUGUGCGUUAUUUUCGAAUCAGGCCGCUCGGUCAGCUCCUCAGGCAGGUCCUUACUUUAUUCCUGGAUGAACGAGACUCUGGGCCUCUUAUUCUGACCCACAUCUACCUGCUGAUGGGGAUGUCUCUACCGAUAUGGUUGUUUCCAGGACCCUGCGCCCCUAAGGGGAUACUUCCUGGUGCAGGCGGGUUGGUGCCUUACGCAGGUGUGCUUGCCGUUGGAGUCGGAGACACUGUGGCGUCCGUGUUUGGCAGCACCAUGGGGGAGAUACGCUGGCCCGGCACAAAGAAAACCAUGGAGGGGACUGCGACGUCAGUGUUUGCUCAGAUCAUUGCUGUUGCUAUGUUCCUUAUCUUUGAUGGGAGCAUCAAUCUGAACUCCAGCUACUCGUGGAUUGUCGGUUCUGUCACUCUGGUGGCCAUGCUGGAGGCCUACACGUCCCAAAUAGACAACCUCCUCCUCCCACUCUACCUCUUCAUCCUGCUGUUACUUUGAGCCGACAGAUGGCACAAAUAAAAAAAGGCAGAUCCACCCUGCUGUCCUCAGCUCUUCAUGGGGGUAAAAAGAAUGAUGACUUUGGAAAAAUGAAGCACGACAUACAAACAAAUGUAAUAGUUGAUGUGAUAGAAGUCCCUUUAGGAAACAGUGGAAUCUUUUCUGUUAGCACAAUAAGGAAUAUCCAAAAUCUGACUGCUUAAUUUAGCUGGGUAAAACCUGCUUUAUGUGGUGACAGAUGUGAUGUUAGCAUGAAGUUGUCUGUUACCUUUAAAGCUUGGAUCAUAUCAGUUGCUUUCAGGAUCAGAAUUAGUUAAAAAAAAAACAUGUUGGGAUGUAACGAUAUCUAUCAGUAGAAUAAAAGAAUCAGUACAGAUAAGGACUACAAAAAUAUAUAUUGCAAUACUCUUUAACCAACCGAGUGCACGGUCAGCUUUUGUCUUAUCUUAUGCAACAUCAGUAGUUGAAGACGAAGGGUAUGCAGACAUGACCCACAUUUGUAGAAGUUUGAGAGUUAAUUAUUUUGUGCAUCUUCUCUCCUCUGACCUGCAAAUCAUUCCCCUUCGGCCAGGAUGAAAGCUCUUCAAAUUCCUUAAAUGCAGCUGGAGGAGGCAAGCAUUGAGGAGAGAGGAGGCUUCUGGAGAAAUUUAUAUAUUCUAUAACUUUAUGCAGGGUAAUUUAAUAAAAAGUGCAUUCAGAGGGUAUUCAGACUCGAUUUUAUGUUAAAGCUGAAUGCUAUAGUUGAAAAAAUCAUUUUUAUUCUCAUUAAUCUACACUCAGUGCCCCAUCAUUACAAAGUGAAAACAGAAUUUUGGAAAUUUUUGCAAGGUUAUUAAAAAUAAAAAACUGAAAUAUCCCAUUAUUUCCCAGUAUUCAGAGCCUUUCAGAGCCCAUUUCUCUGGAUCUUUACUGAUGUUUCUACGCCUUGAUUGGAGUCCACCUGUGCUAAAUUAAAUUGAUUGGACAUGAUUUAGAGAGGCACACACUUCUCUAUCGAAGGCCUCGUAGCUGACGAUGGUAUCAGAGCAGAAACCAAGCCAUGAGGUUAAAGGAACUGCCUGCAGAGUUCAGAGACAGGAUUGUGGACAGGCACAGAUCUGGGGAAAGCUCUGAAAGUUCCUAAGAGCACAGUGGCCUCAGUAAUUCUCAUAUGGAAGAAGUUUGGCAAUUCCUGAGGAUCAUUUUUGAAACAUCAACUUCUCAUUUUUCCGUAGCUUUAGAUGCAUGCCAAUUUUCAUGCAAAUCAAUGCAUGUUCAGUGCCCCAAAAAUGUGGAGGAAAACUGAACGCCUACAAUUACAACAGGGCUCUCAGACUCUAAUGAUGAAACGGGUAAAAAUCUGAACACACAUAACAUGAAGCAGCAUGUAAAACAGUUUAUUAUAUUUAUUCAUAAAUUGACUUAAGUCUCAUGCCUGUAAAAAAAUUACAAAAUUGUGCAUAUCAUAUUAUAAUCUCAGUAUAAUAAUCCAUCAUAUUGAGAGUCGAACGUAUCGUUACAUCCCUACAUGUGAGUCAAAGUUGCUCUAACUGUGUCUGUACUGACAGUGGAGGUGUACAGUUGCUCCAGCGCGUCACUGUCCCGACAGCGAGGUGACAUUAACUCCUCCUGAAUUAUGCAACAAGAGAUACUUUAACAAACGUCCUUUAAACACUCACUGGAAAGAGCGGACGCUGCUAACACUUUUUUUGAUCAUCAUCCAGACGGUCUAACCCGUCUCGUCCCAAAUGGAAACAUGCCUUUAUAUUGCCUUUGAAGAACAUUAUUUCAAGUUCCGUCUUUUUUUCUUAAAUUUUUGUUAUUUAGCCUCCCUGAUGGCAAUAUGAAGAACUUAACUGCUGAAAAUAUUUGCCUUAAGAUGUAUAUUUUCUACACACUAUUGUAAAUGCUGUAGAUGAAUGCAUGGCAGUCCAUCUCAACUCUUCUUAAAGGGCUGAUUUAUAUUUCAGUGUGGCAGAAAGUCACUAUGCUAAUGCAUGACACUUGUGAAAUUCAGUACUGUAACAUGACUGCAGGUAUUAUACAGUGUAUUUUUUAGUUCACUGACUUUGCUUAAUAUUUGUUGGGACCCCUUAAAUAAAGGUAAUAUAUACAUUUUCUUGUUAAACUGAGCCUUUAAAGCCCUGCAGAGGUUUUUAGUUUGUAAAUAUGCUUUAGGUCUGAAUUAUAAGUAAAGGCCUUUUAUUUGUUGCUGCAUCUGUUCCUUUUAAUUUUCUCUAAGACAAUUUAAUCA